UGGAUGACAGCGACCGCAGGAAGAAUAGAGAAACUUGAGCGCAAGAGGGAGGAGAGAGAGAGGGAGUCGAAUAGUCACAGCUAGCCAGUCACAAACCGUGCCUUUAAUAGAAGCGGCCAUUACGCUUUGGAAGCAUGCAGUGGAGCUAGAGCGGCUUCCACCGUCUCAGGAAUACUCCGAAAGGGAGGGACAGGCUAUGAAGUGGUAUCCGGAUAACAUUUCAUUGGACCUUCGUUUCUGAUUUCGGAAGGACUCGGGCAGCCCACAACGACCCCCCUUUGCGCACACACACACACACACACUUCAUCCGCGCGCACACACACAGAAAAACCAUUCGCCGGUUAGGACGUUGCAGUGGGAGGGAUGUGAGAGAAACGAUACGACUGGAAUUGUGGCUCACUAGGCAGAUUUUGCCUUGAGGAAACGAUGUAGACAAACAAAAUAGAUAUAUACGCUUCUUUGUUUUCGUAAACAUAACAUUGUUUUAUAUAUUCAUUAGAGGCGGUGGAGGUCUUCAGUUUCUGUCUACUUAAAAGAUGAUUGGACUAGUGACUGCAACACUUUGACACCAAUGUAACAAAUAUAUGAUAUUUGCUGGUAGUUAAAUUCACAAGCAAGCGCGGUAGUGUGCCGCAUCCACCGUGGCUCCAAACGCAAACCGGAUUUGACAGCUGCGUUGGCGAGGAACCGGAUCCACCGUCCUGGAUUACCGCGGUAUAGCGGGCCAUUCGGUGCCUCGACACCGGUAGCGGAGAUACCAUGGCCGGCUUCAUACCGGGUUUACUACCCACGAACCAUUCCCAGGAAAAAGAAUUCGCUCAGGCGUACGAGGAUGUCCUGGAGAGAUAUAAAGAUGAGAGAGACAGGGUGCAGAAGAAAACCUUCACUAAAUGGGUCAACAAACACCUCAUCAAGGUGAGGAAGCAUAUCACAGACCUCUACGAGGACCUGAGGGAUGGACACAACCUCAUCUCCCUGCUGGAGGUCCUCUCUGGAGUCACCCUGCCCAGAGAGAAAGGCCGAAUGAGGUUCCACCGACUCCAGAACGUCCAGAUAGCCCUGGACUUCCUCAAACAGAGACAGGUCAAACUAGUGAACAUCAGGAACGAUGACAUCACGGACGGUAACCCCAAACUGACCCUGGGUCUGAUCUGGACCAUCAUUCUGCACUUCCAGAUCUCGGAGAUCUACGUGAGCGGGGAGUCUGGUGACCUGACAGCCAAGGAGAAGCUGUUGAUAUGGAGCCAGCAGGCCACCGAGGGCUACCCUGGCCUGCGCUGCACCAACUUCUCCUCUUCCUGGAGCAAUGGACGCAUGUUCAACGCCCUACUGCACAGAUACAGGCCAGACCUGAUAGAUAUGGAGGUGGUGUCACGACAGAGUAACCGUGACAACCUGGAGCAGGCCUUUGAGAUUGCCGAGUCACUGGGGGUCACCAGACUAUUGGACGCUGAAGACGUGGAUGUGCCGUCUCCAGAUGAGAAGUCGGUCAUCACCUACGUGUCGUCCAUCUACGACGCCUUCCCCAAGAUCCCCGAGGGAGGAGAAGGCAUCGCUGCACACGAGGUGGACCAGAGGUGGUCAGAGUACCAGGCCAGGUUCUCCUCUCUGCUCCAAUGGAGCCGGCAGCACAUGGCCCUCAUGGCUAACAAGAACUUCCCUCAGAACCCUGUGGAGCUCAAGGCACUUUACAAUGAGUACGUCCAUUUCAAAGAGACGGAGAUUCCUGCCAAGGAGAGGGAGAAGAGCCACAUAGAACACCUCUACAGACUCCUGGAGGUGUGGAUGGAGUUUGGGCGCAUCAAACUGCCUCAGGGUUUGCACCCCAAUGAUCUGGAGGAGGAGUGGGGCAAGCUGAUCCUGGAGAUGCUGGAGAGAGAGAAGGCCCUCCGGCCCGCAGUGGACAGGCUGGAGCUGUUGCUGCAGAUGGCUAAUAAGAUCCAGAACAUGGCUCUGGACUGUGAAGAGAAACUCACCCUGGGAAGGAACACCCUACAAGCUGACAUGUCGCGGGUGGAGGCGGGGGAGGGCGUGUGUUGUGAGCGGGAGCUGGGCGUCCACCUGCAAGACUGUGAGCUUCUCCUGCGUCAGCUCAACCAGGACAUCAGCAUCCUGCGGGACGAGAGGUUCUACCAGGUGGAACAGCUGGCCUUCAGGGCGUCGUGUCUGCAGGAGGAGCUGGUCUCUCUCAGGCUCCAGUGCGCCAGCGUCUACAGGAGAGGCCACUUCUCCCAGCUGACCGGGCUGGAGGGCGCGGCCCCGCAGGGGGUCGAGGGGGGCAUCUCCCUGCCCACGGGGACCCAGACCCUGCUGGGGGCCGUCGGGGCACUGGGGGCCCUUGGGGCUUCCCUCCUCAGGAAACCCACGUCCAGGUCCCAGCUGGUGGCCAUGUCGUCAUCGGAAGACGAGGGCAGCUUGAGGUUCAUCUACGAACUGCUGGGAUGGGUGGAGGAGACGCAGGACCUGCUGGAGCGUGCUGAGUGGGGGGCAGACCUUCCCUCCGUAGAGCACAACCUGCAGACACACCACUCCAUCCACACUGCUGUGGAAGAGCUGCUGCACAGCCUGAAGGAGGCCCGCAACUACGAGACAAAUAUAUCUCCUAACUUUAGGAGUAGUUACUCAGAGACUCUGGCCAAGUUGGAGCACCAAUACUGCAAACUACUGGAGCACUCGUCAUGGCGACUGCGUUGCCUGGAGAGCCUGCAUGCGUUUGUGGCGCACUGCACAGAGGAGCUGAUCUGGCUCAACGAGAGGGAAGAGGAGGAGCUAGCCUACGACUGGAGCGACAACAACACUAACGUCAACGCCAAAAAAGAGCUCUACGCUGAAAUGAGGUCAGAGCUGGAGGAGAAGCAGGAAGUGAUGCAGUCCCUGCAGGAGACAGGGGACCGUCUGUGCCACGAGAACCACCCGGCCAAACAGACAGUGGAGGCGUACAGUGCAGCCCUCCAGACCCAGUGGCAGUGGGUGCGCCAGCUGUGUGUAUGUGUGGAUCAGCAUCUCAAAGACAACACAGCCUACUUCCAGUUUGUGAGUGAUACUCGGGAGUGUGAGAGCUACCUGCGACAGCUUCAGGACACCAUCAAGAGACAGUACACCUGCGACAAGAACAGCCGACUGAGCAAGCUGGAGGACCUGCUCCAGGACUCCAUGGAGGAGAAAGAGCAGUUGAUUGAAUACCGCAGCUCUGUGGCCAGUCUGGUGGGCCGGGCCAAGACGGUGGUCCAGCUCCGCCCCCGCGCGGCAGAGAGCACCCUGGGAGCGACCACGCCUAUCCGAGCCAUCUGUGACUAUCGCCAGAUAGAGGCUAACGUUCAGAUCACCAUCAGUAGAGGGGAGGAGUGUGUGCUGGAAGACAACUCUCAGAGGACCAAAUGGAAGGUGAUCAGCCCCACUGGUAACGAGGCCAUGGUCCCCUCUGUCUGCUUCACUGUUCCUCCACCCAACCAAGAGGCCAUAGACACCGCCAGCAGGAUGGAGCAGCUGUACCAGAAUGUGAUGGCACUGUGGCACCAGCUCCACGUCAACAUGAAGAGUGUGGUGUCUUGGCACUACCUGCAGAAAGACGUCAGGACAGUCUCCUCCUGGAGCCUGGACACGGUGCUCUCCCAGCCCCCCUCAGAGAGGGAUCAGGCCCUGGACCGCCUGGACGCCCACCUGGUCGACUUCCUGUCCGACAGCCGUGAGAGCGCCUUGUUCACGCCCUCUGAGAGGCGGGAGCUGGAGAAAGAGGCCGACGCUGCCCGACAACACUGCCAGGAGCUACUGGUCAACAUGGAGACGGUGGAGAAGGAUGAAUCUGUCUCUCGCUCCUACCUCUCUGAACUUCAGAACAUCAAGCUUCGUCUGGAGGACGCAGAGAAAAGGCUGAUGACAGGCAUCCAGACUCCGCCCCCUAGCAACCUGUUAGGCGACAGUGCUGACAACCCUGUCCAAAUCACCGAGCAAGAGGCUCUGCUGGUGGAGCUGGACGACCUGCGCUCCAGUCUAGGGGACGUGUCUCGUCGCUGCCUUAGCUUCUUCCAGGACAAGCCCACCUCCUCCAGCGUGCCUGUGCUCCGCUCGGAACUCAACCUCGCCGUGGAGAAGAUAGAGCGGCUGCACAAGCUCUCAUCCGUCUUCUUGACCAAGUUGAAGAUGGUGGAGGUUCUGCUGAGCAGCCUGCACACAGCUGAGAGCCAGGUGAAGAGGUACGAGAGCCGGCUGAGCGAGGAGGACGUCGUCCCCGCAGACACACAAGCCAUUCUGGCCCUCAGGGAGCAGCUGGAGAAGUGGCAGACUGAGCUGGAGGAGCAGGAGGGCGUGUUUCUCUCCCUCCAAUCAGAGGUGCAAAAGGCACGGGAGGCGGGCUCUCAGCUCAACAGGCUCCACCCAGACCGCAACCCUGAGCUGGAACGCUACCAGGAGAAAGCCAAUCAGCUCACCGACAGGUGGAACGUCAUCGAGAGGCAGAUGGAAACACGGCGCGGGGAGCUGGAGACCUUGGGCUCUGUCCUGCAGCAGUACAGGGAGGGCCACUCUGCUCUGAUCCACUGGAUCGAGGAGACCACUGAGAGGCAGGGCAACACACAGGCUGGACAGGCCGACAGCAAAGUCCUGUCUGAACAGCUGGCCCAGCAGACGGCAUUAGUAGCCGAAAUUGAACAGAACCAAACCAAACUAGACGAGUGCCAGACCAACUCCAAGCUGUACUGCACCUCUGUUAAGGACUAUGAGCUGCAGCUGAUGACCUACAGGGCCUUUGUGGAGUCCACCCAAAAGUCCCCAGUGAAGAGGAGGAGGGUGCACUCUUCAUCCGACGCCAUCACCCAAGAGUUCAUGGACUUGCGCACGCGCUACACGGCCCUGGUCACCUUGACGACGCAGCACGUGAAGUACAUCAGCGAUGCGCUGAGGAGACUAGAGGAGGAGGAGAAGGAGGUGGAGGAGGAGAAGCAGGCCAGGGUGGGCCAGGUGUCAGAGCUGCUGGGCUUUGUCAGGGGCCUCCAGGGACGAUCAGGAGGCCCCUCCGCUGAGUGCUCACUGGCCGCACAGCAGGCCAUCAGUGAGCAGCUGGCAGCUAAGAAGGAGGAGGUAUCUGAAGCCAUCAGGAGCACUCAGGCCUUCUUACAGUCCAAACAGGCCAGCAAGUUGUCCCCGGAGGAGCGAGCCAGGGUGAAGACCCAGCUGGAGGAGCUGACGGCCACCUAUGGCCAGAUGUGUGAGAGCUCCUCCUCACAGCUGCUGCAGCUGGAGCGCCAGCUGGCCCAGGAGGAGGAGAGAAAGAGCCAGGCGGCCAUAGCUGGAGUCAUCGACCUGGGUACCGUGGAAACAUUCCCAGUGUUCCAGGCUGCCCAGCGAGGCCUGAUUGACCAGGACACCUGCCUUGUCCUGUUAGAGUCUCAGCUUACCAUGGGUGGGCUUCUUCAGCCCGACUCCCCUCUCACCCUUUCAUUGGAUGAGGGCCUAAGCCAAGGUCUGAUUGACAACCACACCAGACAAUCUCUAUCUGAACUUGAGGGUGCCAUGCAUCUGAUAGAACAGGCACAGCCAAUAAAGGGCCAGCUCCUGCCGGUGGCUGCAGCCAUGGAGGAAGGUCUCAUCAGAGAGGAGGUGGGGUUGCGAAUCCUGGAGCUUCAGAUGAGCUCUGGAGGUUUGAAGGACUCACAGGGAGAGAGACAUAGUCUGGAGAGGGCUGGCCAGGCUCACCUGCUUCCCCCCAGGAUCUUCACCAAGCUCAGGUCAAGGGUCAACCGCAAGGAGCUCAUAGAUCCCAACACGGCGGAGAUACUGAACCUUUCAGAGCUACAGCAGCGCUGCGUCCUCAGCGACAACAACCUCCUCCACCUCCUCCCGGUCAAGCAGCAACCAGGAGGUACUGUCUGCCUGCGUUCUGGACGCAAAGUCGGCAUCUUCCGAGCUGUACAAGAGGGGCUGAUUGACCGGCAGGUCACUGUCCGACUCUUGGAAGCUCAGCUGUUUGCGGGUGGCAUUGCUGACCCCCGGUCAGGACACCGUUUGACAGUAGAAGUGGCCCUGCGUCAUGGCCUGUUGGACCAGGACCUGGCCUGCGCCAUGCUGAGCAGGCAGCUUCAGACUGGGGGGAUCUUAGAUCCGGUUAGUGGGGACAGGCUGGAGGUGGAGGAGGCCAUGAGAAUGGACCUGCUGUCCCCUCGCCUUGCGGUGUUGGUGCUGGAGGCGCUGUGGGCAUUCAUGGGGAUGCUCUGGCCAGAGUCUGGAGAGCUGCUUCCCAUUGCUGAGGCCCUCCAGCAGGGGGCGAUCUCACCUGAGCUGGCUAGAAAGAUCCUGAGACAACGUCAUACCAUAGGAGCCCUUUACCUGCCCGAUAUCCCCCAGGUGGUGCCCUUGAACCAGGCUGAGGAGGUCCUGGAACAUGCCGUGGUGGAGAUCUUGAGAGAGAUCCAGAUUCCCGACGUUCUAUCCAACAUGAACCAAUCAGGAUCCCCAACAUUGAACCGCCUGAGCUGGAGCUCCACAGGGUCGUCACCUCCACCCUCCUCCUCGUCCCCAUGCCCAGCCUCACCCCAGAGCCUGACCUUUGACCCCUCUUUAAUGGAGGGUAUGGCUCCGGAGGAACAGGCCAGCCACCACCUCCUCUUCCACCUGAUGACCCACAGUUACAUGGAUGCCCACUCUGGCCAGCGCCUUCUCCUGUUGGAGCCUGAACUGGUAGAACUGGUUACGGCCACUGGUCCGGUCAGGGGAGAUGCCACACAAUGUAGAGCUCCAGAUGGUUUCAAUAACCCUCCAGAGAAACAGGAGUACAUGGAGGUGGUCUCUGAUGAUAGCUUGGCUGGGGAGCUGGAUGGUAGGACAAUUGAGAAGGUCCAGGGAGAGAUUCCAAAGUUAAUGAAUACUCAAAAAGAGUAUGCCUCGAUCCAGGUGAAGGAGGAAUCUUAUAGACAAGGAGGAAGAGAGGGGGUUCCUGACGGGUUAUCUCAGAUUGGAAAACGAGAAAUUGAAGACAUGAAGCAUGGAGGAGUUGGUAAUAAGGUGGACCUAGGCGGAGAUGGAAAGCAGAAAGAGGAAAAGGAAGAAAGGGUUGGUUUGGAAAGUCUGCAGACUAGGAGCGUUGGAGUCAAACAUGCAGCAGACAGUCCGCAGAACAUGGGAGAAAAGAGGGGGCACCCCCAGGUUAUGACUACAGCGAUGGAACUGGAAGAAGAGAAGAGUGAGGAGGAUGCCGAGCUGGAGAGAUUAGCGGUGGAGCUCCGCCAGGGAGGCCUGGUGACGGAGGACGGGGACAGACUCCUCCCUGACGAGGCUGUGGCCCAGGGCCUCCUGCCUGGACACACUGCAGUCAAACUCAUGGCCCAGGCCGGUCUGUUCGGAGGGUUCCUCGACGUCGGUGCCUGCGAGUCCCUGAGCAUGGAGGAUGUGAUGCAGGAGGGCCUGCUAGACGAGGACCUGAUGUGGAGUGUGCUGAAGUCAGAGAAAUCAUUGGCGGGGGUUGUGGAUGUGGAAAAAGGCAGAAUCUGCACCCUGAAAGAGGCGACACAGGCAGGGUUGAUCGACCCUGCUACAACGGCUAGGCUCCUGGAAGCCCAGGUGGUCUCUGGAGGGGUGAUGGAUCUCCACAGGGAUAAGAAAGUCUCAGUCACCCUGGCUGCUAACCUGGGUUUGAUUGAGGGUGAACAUAGAGAAGAACUGGUGGCAUUGGAGAAAUCUUGUUGUGGUAAAGGCUCUGACCCAAAUGCUGGCCGUACUAAAGCUACACUACAUCUGCAGAUGGAAGGAGUCUUAGACCCCAAGACAAAGUCACCUGUCCCUCUCGACCAAGCUAUUCAUAGCGGCUUUAUCAGACCAGAAGAGGCCUAUCAGGCCCUAUCCCAACAAGUGGCUGAGGGUGGUAUUGUACACCAUGCAUCUGGAGUUAGGCUGUCAGUGUCUGAUGCAGUAGAGAGAGGUUUGUUGGACCGGUCUAUAGCUUCAGGACUUGAGGAACUAGAGAAGGUGUACCAGGGAGAGAUACCCACCUGCUCACACCCGGAAGCAACUCUCCUCCAGGCAUCCACAGGAGCCAUUUUGGAUCCAGAGUCGGGGAGAAGACUGACGCUGACAGAGGCUGUGUCUCAAAGUCUGCUGGAUGAGAAGACUGCCCAGGCAGCCAUGACCUCCAGAGGGGUAACAGAGGGUCUGCUAGACCCUCAAACAGCCCGCAUCAUACCUUACUUGGACCUUAUAAACCAGGGUAAGAUAGAUAUUGAGACAGGGAAGCGCUUCCUGGAGGUGAAGCCCUUCCGGGGCAUCCAGGAUAAACAGACUGGCCAGGCUCUGACACUGCCUCAAGCCAUGGCCUCCAAUAAAGUUGACCCUGUCCCAGCACUCAGAAUGUUGCAGAAUCAGGCAGAUACUGGUGGGAUCAUCGAUAUCUCGAGCGGUGAUAGACUCCCACUUACUGAGGCCUCCAAGAGAGGACUGGUGGGGGAGGACAUGGUCAGGCUCAUCGCCACUAAACAGAUGCUGAAAGGUGGGAUACUAGACCCCUCCACCGGACGGAGGGUGUCUAGUCUGAAGGAAGCGGUCAAAGCCUCUCUCUUAUCCAAGGAGAUGGCUGCUGAGCUUCAGGAUAACCUGAGGUCUGUAGAUUUGGAAGGUGACAACGAAGAUAGCUCAACACCUGUAGCUUCCUCUAAUGGUAGCUACAGUCCUGCAGUCACAGUAGCUGUGUCUAGUCCGGACCGGUUAACUGAAGGCACAGAGGUGAUGACUCCAUCCCCCCCCCUAGAGGCUGAGAAAGGGCAUUUCAUGCUGCCAAUCACAGAGGACAGAGAUGAGUCUCUCAUAGCGAGUAUAUCUGAGAGUUACCAAGCUCCACAGCUUGGUGAUGAUGCCAUUGAGGAGGGCAUUGAACAUGAACAGGUGGCCUCAAAAGGAAAAAUGGUGUCCGAUCAAUCUUUUGACGUUUUGACCCAGUUCGCUAGCAAAGCAGAGAAAAGGCUAAAGCAGGCACUCAAAGAGGUGGGGACCCAGCCAGAUGGUGUGGAUAGGCCCAAACCUCUGCCCAGAGAAGGGCAUAAAGAUACCAAAAAACCUAUGGAUGGUGAGCAGGUUUUAGUGGCAGAAGAGGGCAAGGAAGAUCCUUAUCAUGCGGCAACAUCUGAAGAUCAUGUCUCCAUUCUGACCCAGUCCAGUGAUACUGCCGCAGCACGUGCAAGGACAACUAAAUCUGGACAUGUGGACGGGAGUAGACCAGUGGAGAAAAAAGGACCUUCUUAUGUGGCUAAAGAAACGCUGUCGGAUGUGACUGGUGCCUGUGAAAGAGAAACCAGGGACCACAAAGACAUCCCUGAUGUGUCUGUCUCUACUGAGGGAGAGGAAAUGAAGACACGUGUGACUCAGAGCCGGAGACAUGAAGCGGAGAAGGAGAGGGGUAGAAUGGAGAAUGAGAAGGACCCAAAGAUGAAAGCCAGGGAAAGUACUGACGCUGACCACUCAGCAGACCAGGGACCCCCUCCCUCUAAAGAGGCAGAGAGCAAGAGCAAAAAGAAGAGAAAGAAUAAGAAGAAAGGGAAAGAGGUUGAGAUAGAGAAAUCUGACAAUCCAUCAGAGGCAAAACAUCAGUUUGAAGAGAUUGGUGCAAAAUCUGUGAGCGAUGUUGUGAAAGAUGUUCUUCCACAGAAAGAAGAUCCAGCAAUGGUGGUUUCUGCUCAGUCAGCAUCUACAGAGCUCUGCUAUAGGGAAGGUGCUGAGGUGCAAACGAAGGAGGAACAUCAAGAUCUAAAUAAUGUUAUCAAAGACGGAGCGGCCAAUGUUUCCUUUGGUGAAGGACAUUUUACAGAGGCUGAGGGAGAUGCUUUGAAACACAGAGAGCCUGCAGGCUGCAGAGAUGAUAAGAGCAGAGAGGUGGUAGACAUGGUCGAACCAAAACAUAAAGAAGAGGAGAUGGUUGCUCAGACUAGCCAGAAUGAGGGUAGAAAGGAGAUAGAGUCCACUCAGAGUGCCACCCAAGCCACCUGUGAUAAAGAUGCUCUUCUGCUGAAGGCAAAGGAGAGCCUCCUGAGGAAGGUGUAUGGAGGUGUUGGGGACAGGCAGGCCACUGAGAAGCUAGACGCCCUCCGACAGGGAGGGGGAAAGAAAGAGAGGGACGAAGUUAAGAUGGCGAAAGGCGUAAAGAAGGAGCGGGAAGGGAAGAAGGAAGGAUUGGUGACCGUUGUGAAGGAUAGCGCGACUGUAGAGAGUCCCUCUGAGGGUCUGUCGAAAGAGAAAGAGGGAAGAGGGAUGUUGGAAAAGAAGGAAGGAGAAAGGGAGGAGAAAAGUCUGCCAGACCUGGUCACAGAAACAAAACCAGGAAAGAAGAGUAAGAAGAACACAAAGUUUAAGAAAUCAGACACUGAUGAAAUUGAAACAGCACAUUCUAAAGGGAUACCAACAACUGUAUGCUCCAUUCCCAUUGGUGAGAGGGGGGUGGAUGGGCAUCGUGGCAGCCAAUCAGACAGUGGUGCUACCACAACAGCAAGCGUUGAUGAGACAAACAAGAUGGCUACCUCUGCUGAGAGCCUUGAAGGAGGUGAUAAGCAUCAACAAAGACCUGUAUUCUCCAGUGCACCAGAGAUAACUCGGUCCCAUCUGGAGGACAAUGUCAAAGUUGACAGCUCAAGGUUGAACAAACCUGGACCACUGGGCCAGGAAACAGAAUACCAUAGUGUCAGCUCACCUGAGGAGGAGGUCCAGUCAGACAGCCAGGGAGGUGCUGACUCGGUGAAGACUCCUCCUGGAGCCCUCACAACCAAACUGGACCCUGUUGAGAGCAGGACUCCUGCUGCUGAAACCACAAAAACAGUUGGGAAAGCAAAGAAGAAGAAGAAGAAACAACAGCAGCAGCAGCAGCAACAGGCUGACAGUCCAUCGCAGACUGAGACUAAGACCAGAGAAGACCAGCUCUCCGAGACCCAGGGCGUCUCCCAGCUUCAAACCCAGACUCGGAGCAUCCAGGGGUCGCCACAGACCAGCCAGUCCCUGUCUGAUGAGCCCCCUACUGGGUCGGACACCACUGAUGUGCCUGGAUCCGACACCACUGAAAGCUGGGGGGAAGAGGAGGAAGAACAGAUAAGACAAAUUGAAACAAAGAAAGAGAGGAGCUUUCUUAAAACUGGCAAGUCCUCAUUGGUUCGUCAAGAAUGUUUGGAACAUGACCAGCGAAUUGUGGCUCUGCUGUCCAUGGUCAGACACAUUGAGGUCCGCCUCAAACAGCAACAGCAGCAGUCCAUUGGCCGCAGCCUCAUUGCUCUAGAUGACAUCAUCAAACAGACAGAAGUCUUGAGUCUAGAGCUAAAGGAUCUAGAACCCGAAGUCACCAAGGAAGUGGAGGCUGCCAGGGGGCUGGUAGAGCCUCGCCCACAGGAAGUGCCUCCACAGCUACUAACAGCCCUGGAGAAGGAUGGGCGAGGCCUAGCUCGCAGCUAUGAGGCUGCUAGAGGGGUCUCUGAUAGUAUACUGCAGGGGCUGCAAGCCCACAGAGAUUCAUACAAAGAGGCAGUGAGUGGAGAACAAAAGUCUCUUGGAGGGAGGGUGGAAGAGCUCCUUUCAUGGCUGAGGGAGACAGAGACUCAGAUGGAGGGCUCUGACAGGACAGAUGGAGAACACCCCCCUGCUCAGCUCAUUCAGCAGCUUCAGAUGUGCAAGGAGCUGCAGUCCUCUCUGUCGUCCCGCUCGAAUGAAGUUAACACCGUGGCCUUUGACAUCCAGGUGUUCAUUUCUGAGCGUGCUCAGGACCUGGUGCCCGAGCAGAGCAGGCACCUCCUGGGACAGCUCCAGCAGCUGCAGAGGGCCUUCCACCAGGCCUCAGGCCAGGCCCAGGCCCAGGCCAACACCCUCUCCGCCCAGAGGGAGAGGGAGGAGGAACGCCGGCUCAGGGAGAAGGAGAAGGAAGACAAAGAGAUGGAGCGAGAGAGGGAGAUGCAGAAUGCGAGGGAGAGAGAGGUGGUACAGCAGCAGAAGGCGGAUUGUUCCCAAAAACUGGAAGGCCUUACAAUGUGGUUGGCUGGAGCUGCCAGCAUGCUGGCCAAUCAGAGAGCUGGGACAGAGUCAGGUGAUGUGAGCGUGCUGCAGCAGAAACAGAGAGAGCUUAAGGAAGUCCAGAAGGACCUCCAGACCAGAGGUGAUGGCGUAACCGAGACCAUCCGCUCCGUGGAGGACUUCCUGUCCGAGCACGGUGACAACCUGACCCCUGAAGAGAAGACCAACCUCCAGGAGGCUCUGGCGAGGAUGAAGGAGCAGUACGGCACUCUGAAGGACUCCACCCACUCCUCUCUGGCCAAGCUAGACACCACCAUCAGCACCACAGUCCAGCAGAACACACAGAGGGCCAAGGCUGUGGAAGACCUUCAGAAGACCCAGGGAAAGAUAGAUUCCCUCCUGGGGCAGCUGUCUACCCUCAGCCAGCCUGGCAGUGCCUCAAGCGGGGCGGGCAGAAGCGUUAUUGAUGCCCCCUCGUCCUCCAGCCCUCCAGACAGCACUCUAGAGACACACACAGACAUGUUACAGGCGGAGCUCCAGCAGCUCCAGGCCCAGCAGGCCCAACUGCUUCAAGUGACCCAGCAGACCCGCUCCCUGCUGGAGCAGCCCGACUCGGCCGUGCCCCCGGAGGAGAAGCAGCGCCUGCGGGCCCAGCUGGACCUGCUGAGCCAGCAGCACCAGGACAAGCUCAAGAGCUGUCAGGACCGGCUGCGGAGGUCCGAGACCCUGAAGGACGAGCUGGCCAAGUUCAUCCAGGAGCACGGGGUCCUGGGGAGCUGGCUGGAACAGAGUGAGCGAGAGCUGAGCUCUCUGGGGGAAGGAGACACGGACGCACCGGGCCUCAAGGGGAGACUGGAGGAGCAUAAAAAGCUGUCGGAGGAUGUGAUCUGUCACAAGGCGGACCUGCGCUUUGUCUCCAUCUCGGGCCAGAAGGUUCUGGACUCUGUCCAGGCAGCCCUGGAGAAGGUGCGGGGGUCCGACCCGGCGCUGGAGGGAACCAAACACCAGGUCUCGGAGCGACUGCAAGACGCCAAUCAUCGCUACACUGCUCUACACAGCAAGUCGUCGGACCUGGGCGGUCGUUUGUCGGGCCUGUUGGAGCGCUACCAGCAGUACCAAGACGAGGCUGUGUCCCUUCACACCUGGCUGGGCACCCAGGAACAGAACCAGAGCAUCUCCGGACCCAACGGAGAGACCGACACACACACACUGCAGAGCACACUCCGCAACGUACAGCUGCUACAGGACGAGCUGGCUGAGCGUUCAGUGCAGCUGGAGAAGGUCAGGAGGGCCGGCAUGGAGCUGGGCAGCACACAGGAGUCUCCCUCCCUUAGAGCCGCAGACAUCCUCAGCACUACAGAGGGUCUGGAGAACCGGUUCAGCUCUCUGUCUGAGUCUGUGUCGAAGCGUGCGGAGCACCUCCAGACUGCCGUGGCCCAGUCCGUCAGCGUCCAAGAGGGGCUGAAGGGUUUGCUUGCCUGGCUGGACAGCCUGGUUCUGGCCCCGGGGCCAGCCCAGCCCACGGCACAGGCCGUCCAGGAUGCGCUCACCCAGAACCAGAAGCUUCGCCAGGAGCUUCUCUCCCGGCAGGGCAGUGUGGAAGCCACGCGGGACGCCGUCUCCACGCUGCUCCAGAGCGCUGACGCCUCCACGGCCUCCGGGCUGCAGGGGGCGCUGCGGGAGCUGACCCAGCGCUACGCCGCGGCCCAGGCCAGACAGGCGGAGAGCGAGGCCCAGCUGAAGACCCUGCUGCCUAAGCUGGAGGGUUACGAACGACUUAGUGGAGACCUGCAGAACUUCAUCCAGACCAGACAGCGAGCGCUAAGCCCUCUGGGACAGCCGGAGCGGAGCGUGGAGGACUACAGACAAACGAUUGAAGAAGUGAAGUCAGAGCUGGAGCAGGAAGCAGGCCAGCUCAUGUCCUUCUGUGAGCUGGGGACAGACCUCAGCCAAUCCAAGGCCCUGACCAACACCCAGAGCCUUUUGGACAACGUCAAACAGAUUUCCGAGGCCUUUGCCCGACUAGAAGCCAACAUCAACGAAAGGUUCAGCUCCAUCCAGACUUGUGAGCAGCAGUUGUCCCAGUUCCGGGGGCUCUCUGGCUCCCUCCUCAGGUGGUUGCAGACAGCGCAGGAGCAGCUGCCCCCCAAGGAGCCCAACCUAGACACACAGGGACUGCAGAGGAGAGUCAAGCAGCUCCAGGACCUGCUGAGUGAGUGGGAGGCCCAGGGGGGCCGCGUCCAGGAGCUGAACAAGACCGGCUCCCAACUAGAGACCCUGAUCAUCAGCAUCACUGGCCCCCAAAUCAAGACAGGUGUUCCUCAGACCAAUGGGUCUGGUGCAGGCAACCCAAGCAGUGUCAAUGGCAUUCACACCUGUAAAGACAUGACAGAGCUGCAGGUGGCGGUGGCGGAGGUGAAUGGACGCUACGAGGAUCUGGGCGGGGAGCUGAGGGAGAGGCGUGGCCGCCAGGAGGCGUCCCUGGAGCAGAGGCAGAAGGCCCGGCAGGGGGCGGAGCAGCUCAGCCACUGGCUAGGGGAAAGGGAGCACAGCCUGGCCUUGGGACAGACCGCCUCCCCCUCAAAGCCUGAGGUGGUACGAGCCCAGGCCCAGGAGAACAAGGCGUUGCUGACGGAGCUGACUGAGCAUGCUGUGAAGGUGGAGGAGUUGAAGGGCACCCUGAGGAAGUUGAUCUCUGAGAACCCUGAUUCCCCUGAGGCCGACAAGUGGAGGCAGCAACUGCAGGAUAUAGACGCACGCUGGGAGAAGGCCAAUCAGACGGCAGCCCAGCGACAGACUGAACUGGAGACCUGUGCUGAUAGGCUGGGUAGCUUUGCCACUGCAGCCAGUCAGCUGGGUCCGUGGCUGAGAGAAAAGGAGCUUAUGAUGAGUGUGCUGGGACCCUUGAGUAUCGACCCCAACAUGCUUAACACACAGAAACAACAAGUGCAGUUCAUGCUACGGGAGUUUGAGACACGGGCGCCCCAGUUCCAGCAGCUCACCCAGGCUGCUGAGGGCAUCCUCUCCCCGUCAGGAGACGGCCAACAGGACCCCAAGGACCUGGAGGAGGUGCACUCAGAGCUGGGCUCCAUCUCCCAGCAGUGGGAGGGCCUGAUGUCUCGCCUGGCCCAGCGCUCCCAGCACAUCGACCAAGCCCAGGGGACCAGCGAGAGCUACCAGACCCUGCUCCGGGACCUCUCCUCCAGCCUGACCCAGCUAGGCGAGCGCCUGGAUGCACAGGCCUCCCUGAGUGCCCAGCCCGAGGCCCUCAAGCAGCGCCUGCAGGAGACGGGCGAGAUCCGCUCGGAGCUGGAGCGCCGGCGGGCGGAGCUGGGGGAGGCCCAGCGGUUGUGUGGCGAGCUGAGCGCCAUCGUGGCUGAGCCCUACCUGAGGGAGGAGCUUAGCAAGAGGCUGGAGAGUGUGAGCGGGCCCCUGCGGAGCCUGGAGGAGAGAGCUGCGGACGGUCUUUCCCAGCUCCAAGCCGCUCUCUCUAGCACCCAGCAGUUCCAGCAGAUGUUUGAGGAGGUUCGCAGUUGGCUGGACAACCAGUGUGACCAGCGAGACUCCUCCUCCGACUCCCUCCCCUGCCAGCCAGGGGCCCUCAGCGCCCUGCUAGCCCAGACAGAGGAGCUCCAGCGUGGGGUGGCCAGCCAGCGAGGCCCCUACGAGCUCAUCCAGGCCGAAGGGGCCUCCCUGCUCGCCUCUCUCCCAGCUGGAGGUGAGGAGCGGUCGGCCUUACAGUCCCGCCUCUUCACCCUGCGCCAGGACUGGGAGGGGCUCAACCAGCGCAUCACCGACCACCACAACCGCCUCAAAUCCACCCUGGGCAAGGCCGAGACGUACCAGCAGCAUCGGGCCGAGCUGGGGCCCUGGGUGGCCGAGUGCCAGACCCGGGAGGCGGAGAUCCGGCCCUCGCUGAACCCCGCCGCCCUGGACGAGGCCCUACAGAGAACCAAGCAGCUGGGCCUGGACCUGGAGCGCCGCAGGCCUCUCCUGGAGGCCCUGAACACUGCGGCCGACCAGCUCCUGGAGCAGUGCCGGGUCGGGGAGGAGGAGGUGAGGGACGAGAAGGCCCAGCUGAACCGCAGCGUGGACAGGCUGGUCGAGGGCCUCCAGGCGCGCUCCACCCAGCUGGAGGAACUAGCCAGCCGACUGAAGGAGUUUGAGGACGGGCGUCAGGCCGUGGAGAGGAGGCUGGAAGCGGCCAGGCAUCAAAUUGAGGUCCAGGAGGCGUUGGGCCCUCAGGCCUGCAGCAAUAAGAGUCUGGAGAGGUUGAGGAACCAGCAGGAGGCGCUACGAUCCCUCCAACCACAGGUGGUUUACCUCAGAGACCUGUCCCGGGGCCUGGUGCAGGACGCACCCCAGACACCAGGGGGCAGCGCGGAGGGGGGACAGAAACUGGAGCAACAGGCCAAUCAAACAGAGAGAGAAUAUGGAGAUGUCACUGAGAAGAUCGAACAGUGCUGCUCCACUCUGGAGUCCCGCCUCCAGGGCGUGGGUGAGGUCCAAUCACAUGUCCGGGAUGUCUUCUCCCGAUUGGCCGAUUUGGACGACGAGCUGGACAGCCUGAGCCCGGUGGGGCGGGACCCCGACUCGCUCGCCUCCCAGGCCGAGGCCCUCCGGGGCUUCCUGUCCCGCCUGGCGGAACUCCGCAGCGAGCUGGAAGGUCACGGGGGCGACUGCACCGCCAUGCUGCGCCGCGAAGGCUCCUCCCCCGACCUCCUGGCCCUCAGGAGGGAGACGGAGGCCCUGAGUCGUCAGGCGGGCAAGCUGUCGGAGAGGGGCGGAGCCAGGCUGACGCAGAUCGAGGACGCCGCCCAGAAAGUGCGUGAGUUCUACGGGCUGGUGGCGGAGCUCCAAGGGCUGCUGGGAAGGGCGGAGGAGGGGCUGGAGGCCCAGGGCGUGGUCGGGACGGAGGUGGACACCAUUAAACAACAGCUGCAAGAGUUUAAGGCGGUGGAGAGGGAGCAGGUGGAGUGCAUCCAGCCCCGCCUGCAGCACGUCAACGCCGUGGGUCAGGGUCUCAUCCAGUCUGCGGCCAAACACACGGACACACAGGCCCUGGAGCACGACCUGGACGCCACCAACCUGCACUGGAACUCUCUCAACAAGAGGGUGGCGGAGAGGAUCGCCCAGCUGCAGGAGGCCCUGUUGCAUUGUGGGAAGUUCCAGGACGCUCUGGAGCCUUUGCUGAGCUGGCUCAGUGACACGGAGGAGCUGGUGGCCAAUCAGAAGCCCCCGUCCGCAGAGUACCGCGUGGUCAAGGCCCAGAUCCAGGAACAGAAGCUGCUCCAGAGGCUGCUGGAUGAUCGUCGUGGCACCGUGGAGAUGAUCCAGGCAGAAGGCGAGCGCAUCGCCGCCACGGCCGACACCUCGGACCAGGACAAGAUCCAGAACCACCUUCACAGCCUCAGGGAGAGAUGGGGGAUGCUGCUGGAAAAGGCCAGCGGCAGGCAGCGUCAGCUGGAGGAGCUGCAGGUCCUGGCCCUCCAGUUCCACGAGGCUCUGGAGCCCCUGGGGGAGUGGCUGAGCGCCACAGAGAGACGUCUGAGCAGUGCUGAGCCUAUGGGCACCCAGACCUCCAAGAUCACCCAGCAGAUCGCCCGUCACAAGUCUCUGAAUGAGGAGAUCGUAAGCAGGAAGAAGACGGUGGACCAGGCCAUCAAGAACGGACAGGCCCUCCUCAAGCAGACCACAGGCGAGGAGGUGCUGCUGAUUCAGGAGAAGCUGGACGGCAUCAAGUCUCGCUACGCUGAGAUGACAGCGGGCAGCAGCAAGGCGCUCCGCACUCUGGAACAAGCCCUGCAGCUCGCCACGCGCUUCGCCGCCGCCCACGAGGACAUCAGCCAAUGGCUGGACUCCGUGGAGACGGAGCUCAAUGACAUGGAGCCCGACGCCGCACCAGCCUAUCAGGACAGGCAGAAGGAGCUGAAGAACGUGUCGGCGGAGAAGCGCUUGGUGCUGGACACGGUGAACGAGAUGGGCAGUGCCCUGCUGGACCUGGUGCCCUGGCGCGCCCGCGAGGGCUUGGACAAGCUGGUGGCCGACGCUAACCAGCGCUACCGCCAGGCGGACGAGACCAUCACCCAGAGGGUGCAGCUGGUGCAGGCUGCCAUCCAGAGGUCGCAGCAGUACGAAGAGGGUGUGGACGCGGAGCUGGCCUGGGUGGGAGAGACGGAGCGUAAGCUGGCCUCCCUGGGGCCCCUGAGCCUGGAGCCCGACGUGACCGUGGCCCAGCUCCAGGUCCAGAGGGCCUUCAACAUCGACAUCAUCCGACACAAGGACACGGUGGACCAGCUCCUCAACACCAGAGAGGACAUCCUGGACACCUGCAGCGACGCACAGAGAGACGCCCUCAAGGUGAAGACGGACUCCCUGAGCUCUCGCUACGAGGCAGUGAGCCAGAACCACAGCGAGCGCUUCUCCGCCCUGGAGCAGGCCCAGGUCCUGGUGGCCCGCUUCUGGGAGACCCAGGAGGAGCUGGAGCCCUGGCUGGGGGAGACGGAGAGCCUCAUCUCCCAGCUGCCCCCGCCCGCCAUCGACACGGACGCCCUCCGCCUCCAGCAGGAACAGAUGAGGCUCCUGAGAGAGUCCAUAGCGGAGCACAAGCCCCACAUAGACAAGCUGCUGAAGAUCGGCCCCCAGCUGGCUGAGCUGAGCGCCCAGGAGGGGGCCACGGUGAGGCAGCGCUACUCUCAGGCUGAGAAACGCUACCUCGCCAUCAAGGAGGAGGUCAAGGGUCGCGCCACCUCCCUGGACGAGGCCGUCUCCCAGUCUGCACAGCUGGUAGAGUUCCACGACAAGAUGGACCCCCUGCUGGAGACCCUGGAGGGGGCGGUGCAGCGUCUGCGGCAGCCCCCGCCGGUGGCAGCCGAGGUGGACAAGAUCCGGGAGCAGCUGGCGGAGCACCGUGCGUCAGGGCUGGAGCUGGACAAGCUGCUGCCCUCCUUCUCUGCCCUGUGUGCCCGCGGCGAGGAGCUCAUCAGCAGGGCCGCCCACGACGACCCCGCCGCUCAGGCCGUGCGGUCCCGCCUCCUGCGCCUGCGGUCGCUGUGGGACGAGAUUCGCCAGCGUGCUGAGGAACGCGAGGGCAAGCUGACGGACGUGCUAGACCUGUCCGGGAAGUUCUGGGCCGACAUGGCGGCGCUGCUGAGCACGCUGCGUGACUCCCAGGACAUCGUGAAGGAGCUGGAGGACCCUGGUGUGGACCCCUCGCUCAUCAAACAACAGAUCGAAGCUGCAGAGGCGAUCAAGGCGGAGACGGAUGGUCUGAGGGAGGAGCUGGAGUUUGUCCGCACCCUGGGGGCCGACCUGAUCUUUGCCUGCGGCGAGACGGAGAAACCGGAAGUGAAGAAGACCAUAGACGAGAUGAACGCAGCGUGGGAAGGUCUUGACAGGACGUGGAGGGAGAGGAUGGAGAGGCUGGAGGAGGCCAUGACGGCCUCGGUGCAGUACCAGGAUGCACUGCAGGGCAUGUUCGACUACCUCGACAACGCCGUGAUCAAGCUGUGUGACAUGCCUACUGUGGGCACCGACCUGGGGACCGUCAAACAGCAGAUAGAAGAGCUCAAGCACUACAAGGUGGAGGUGUACCAGCAGCAGAUCGACAUGGAGAAGCUGAGCCACCAGGGGGAGCUCCUCCUGAAGAAGGUGUCUGACCAGACGGACCGGGACAUGAUCCAGGAGCCCCUGACGGAGCUGCGUCACCUCUGGGACAACCUGGGGGACAAGAUCACCCAGCGCCAGCACAAGCUAGAGGGUGCCCUCCUGGCCCUGGGCCAGUUCCAGCACGCCCUCGCAGAGCUGGUGUCCUGGCUAAGCCACACCCACGCCACCCUGGACACCCAGAGGCCCAUCAACUCUGACCCCAAGGCCAUCGAGAUUGAGCUGGCCAAACACCACGUGCUGAGGAACGACGUGCUGUCCCACCGCUCCACGGUGGAGACAGUGAACGGCGCCGGCACCGAGCUGCUGGAGUCGAGCCCCGGGGACGAGGCCAGCCACCUGAGGGACCAGCUGGAGGAGCUGAGCCGCAGCUGGGAGGGCCUGCUACUCAAGACCCAGGACCGGCAGAAACUCCUGGAGGCCGCACUGCACCAGGCCGAGGGUUUCCAUGGCGAGCUGGAGGACUUCCUGCUGUGGUUGAGGAGGACAGACAGCCAGCUGUCUGCUGCCAAGCCAACGGGGGGCCUCCCAGAGACAGCCCGCGAGCAGCUCCAGCAGCACAUGGAGGUGCAGUCCCAGCUGAACCAGCGGGGUGAGCAGUACCACCAUCUCCUGGACCAGGGAGAGUCCAUGCUGCUGGCCCGCGGGGGGGAUGAGGCCAACCCCGGCACCUCCCAGACCCAGCAGAACCUGGCCCUGCUUCAGAACAAGUGGGCCAGCCUCAACACCAAGAUGGACGACCGCAGGGCUAAGUUGGAUGAGGCGGUAUCCUUGGCAACCGGGUUCCAGUCUUCACUGCAGGACACCAUCAACUGGCUGACAGGUGCAGAGCAGACCCUCAACAUGGCCCAGCCCCCCAGCCUCAUCCUGGAUACCGUGGUCUUCCAGAUAGACGAGCACAAGGUGUUUGUGAACGAAGUGAACACUCACCGAGAGCAGGUGCUGGCCCUGGAGAAGGCCGGCUCUCAGCUCCGCUUCGCCAGCCUCAAGCAGGACGUGGUUCUGAUCAAGAACCUGCUGCUGAGCGUGCAGGCCCGCUGGGACAAGCUGGUCCAGCGCUCUCUGGACCGCGGGCGCCACCUGGAUGAGGCCCGCAAAAGGGCCAAGCAGUUCCACGAGGCGUGGAGGAAGCUGACAGACUGGCUGGAGGAGGCUGAGAGUCGAUUGGACUCUGAGCUGGAGAUCUCCAACGAACCGGACAAGAUCAAAGUACAGCUGGCCAAACACAAGGAGUUCCAGAAGGCGCUGGGUUCGAAGCAGCCCGUGUAUGACACCACAGUGCGUUCUGGGAAGGCCAUGCGGGACAAGGCCACGCUGCCGGACGACACCCAGAAAAUGGACCACCUCCUGGGGGAAGUCCGGGACAAGUGGGACACCGUCUGUGGCAAGAGUGUGGAGAGACAACACAAACUGGAGGAGGCCCUCCUGUUCUCGGGCCAGUUUGCGGAGGCCCUGCAGGCGCUGGUGGACUGGCUGUACCGAGUGGAGCCCCAGCUCAGUGAGGAUCAGCCCGUCCACGGUGACCUGGACCUGGUCUCCAACCUCAUGGACUCCCACAAGGCCUUCCAGAAGGACCUGGGGAAGAGGACCAGCAGCGUUCAGGCUCUGAAACGCUCCGCUAGGGACCUCAUGGACACGGGUCGGGAUGACACGGCGUGGGUCAAAGUUCAAGUGCAGGAGCUGAGCAAUCGCUGGGAGACGGUGUGCGCCCUUUCCGUCACCAAGCAGACACGUCUGGAGCAGGCCCUGAAAAAGGCCGAGGAUUUCCGUGUGGCGGUGCAGAUGCUGCUGGAGUGGCUGUCUGAGGCGGAGCAGACCCUGCGUUUCCGCGGCGUCCUCCCCGAGGAGGCGGAGACCCUGCAGAAGCUGCUCCACACGCACCGGGACUUCAUGGCCACGGUGGAGGAGAAGCGGGCGGACGUGAACCGGGCGGCGGGCAUGGGCGAGGGCAUCCUGACCAUGUGCCACCCCGACUGCAUCACCACCAUCAAACACUGGAUCACCAUCAUCAGGGCCCGCUUCGAGGAGGUGCUGACAUGGGCCAAACAGCACGAGCAGCGCCUGGAGACGGCUCUCACCGAGCUGCUCAACAACGCCACGCUGCUGGAGGAGCUGUUGUCAUGGCUACAGUGGGCGGAGACCACCCUGGUCCAGCGAGACACCGAGCCCCUCCCCCAGGACAUCACCCAGCUCAAAACUCACAUCACCGAACACCAGGUGUUUAUGGAGGAGAUGACCAGGAAGCAGCCGGACGUUGACAAAGUGACCAAGACGUACAAGAGGAAGCCAGCAGAGCCUCCUAGCAGCCUAGCCGAGAGGAGAGGAGCACGUAAAAACCAACAACAUCAACAGCAACAACAGCAGCAACAGGCAGCAAUGCAGGUCGCCGGGGGCAACCCACGCCUCAACCAGCUGUGCUCCAGGUGGCAGCAAGUCUGGCUGCUCGCCCUCGACCGUCAACGCAAGCUCAACGAUGCGCUAGAUAGGCUGGAGGAGCUGAAGGAGUUUGCCAACUUUGACUUUGACGUGUGGAGGAAGAAGUACAUGCGCUGGAUGAACCACAAAAAGUCCCGGGUCAUGGACUUCUUCAGGCGCAUUGACAAGGACCAGGACGGCAAGAUCACACGCCAGGAGUUCAUAGACGGCAUACUGGCCUCUAAGUUCCCCACCAGUAAGCUGGAGAUGAUGGCGGUGGCGGACAUAUUCGACCGGGACGGCGAUGGCUACAUUGACUACUAUGAGUUUGUGGCGGCACUGCAUCCUAACAAGGACGCUUACCGGCCAACUACGGACGCCGAUAAGAUAGAAGACGAGGUGACCAGACAGGUGGCUCAGUGUAAGUGUGCUAAGAGGUUCCAGGUGGAGCAGAUUGGAGAGAACAAGUACAGGUUCUUCCUUGGAAACCAGUUCGGGGACUCCCAGCAGCUCCGCCUGGUUCGUAUCCUGAGGAGCACGGUCAUGGUCAGGGUGGGCGGAGGAUGGAUGGCCCUUGACGAGUUUCUGGUCAAGAACGACCCCUGCAGAGUGCAACAUCCUGGACUUAAGAUCCUCCGCUCCGACUCGAGUAGCUCCAUAUCAUCUCGUAUACUAGCACGGGGCCGAACGAACCUGGAGCUGAGGGAGAAGUUCAUCCUGCCAGAGGGGGCCUCGCAGGGCCUCGCAGCGUUCCGCUCGCGCGGCCGGCGCUCCAAACCGGGUUCCCGCACCGCCUCGCCCACGCGCUCCUCCUCCUCCGCCUCGCACAGCGCCCACAGCUGCGCCUCGCUGCCCUCUGCCCCGGCCACGCCCACAGCCUCCGCCUCCUCCAGGUCCUCCCACACUCACUCGCGUGACUAUGCCAAGCCCUGGCUGGCACACAGUAAAACUCCAACGCCAACCAAGUGCCAGUCCUGCCCUGAUCACGGUCACAUCACCCCUGGGCAUGAGGGGGCAGUGUCAGGCUCCAAGCUCAAAAGGCCCACCUUCCACUCGAGCCGAGGGUCUCUGACGGGGGAGAACGGAGGAGCCAAUCCCGCCUCGGCCAAGCCUGGACGCAGCGACCCCAAGCGUGGGCCUUCCUCUGCCAGCGGUCACGCUAGCCGGGCGGGCAGCCGUGCCAGCAGCCGGCGAGGCAGCGACGCCUCUGAUGCCUCGGAGCUCAUGGAGACGCGCUCGGCGUGCUCGGACACCUCGGACACGCCCAGGCGCCCAGGGGGAGCCGCCAAGCCCUCCAAGAUCCCCACUAUCUCCAAGAAAGCCCCCAGCCCCAAAACCCCAGGCUCCACCUCCUCCACCAGGAAGUAGAGAUGGAGACAGAGAUGUGUUUGUCAUCCCAGCCAUCCUUCCUUUCUUCCAUUGGACCCCUUGUUGACUCACACACAAAGAGAGGGAAAAGGAAUGCGGGAUGGAGAAAGAGGGAGAGAGAGAACUCGUAGAACAGACUUUCCCCACUCACAGUAACAUUGUACAGAGGAGAUGGACUACUGGCACUAUUGAAAGGGUCAUGGGAUCCUAUCAUCCACCUGUAGGGCUUGGACAAAGAAUACCUUAUGGGCUAAAGGAAUAGAGAGAGAGAGAGAGAGAGAGAGAGAGAGAGAGAGAGAGGAUAGCAGGUAGAAAAGAUGACUCUUUCUCUCUGUCCCUGUACACACUCUAAAAUACUGACCGGAGGAGAUGGAGGAGGGGACCCAAGUCUGUGAUAUGGGGUGGGGGGGUAGGAGCGUGUGGUAUGACAGUCAGGCACCACACUUGACCCCUUUAAAUCACCCCUGUUCCCAGUUUGCCUUCCAGUCUACCAUGUUUUCUUUCGGAAUAGGACUAAGUUCUGGAACGUUCUCCGAGGUUCUCAAGGGUUCUACGAGAGACUGCCUUACGUUGAGGAACCUCAGCAGUUAGAACCCUGCGGAGAACAAAACAGACUAACCAGCCAGCAGAGGAACAUGACGCUGCCUUAUGUCUGUUUGACACUUCUGCUCUUACUCUGACCUGGUAGGAAAUCCUGAGCAGACCACUUUAGAAACAGUAUGGACACACACGCAGGCACACAAACACACACAGGUAGUGGGGAAGGACUUCACCACAGUGACUAAAAACGAUAAAUGCCGUAAAGGGACAUUCAGAAGAAGCUGUGGGUGAUGUGGCCUUGUGGGUUCUGUGUCUCACCACGGGUGAAAAGAAAAUAUGCAAUGACUGCCACCGUGUCUCUUCUCUUCUGGAGAGAGAGAGAGGGAAAAAGAGGGAGAGAGAGACACCACAGAGCACUGAGCAUGGCUGGAGCGGGUGUGUGUAGGAGGGGAAAACACACCACUUCCUGCUCUCCCAGCUGAAUGCCUAACCACAAGCCCAGGGGACACACACACACGUUCAAGUCCUCGCAGCCAUUGGAAGGUGUGCUGGUGUGUUGGGAGUGAGGGUUGGUUUGGUCACAAUCCGUUGUUCUUUUGUUCGUUUCAUUUGGCUGUGGCGCCAAAAUUGACAUGGUGGUGCCCAAUACAACUAACAGAAAAUGUGACAAUGUAUGACAAUGUGACUCAUCACUCAGUCCAUAGAGUGUACCUAACCCAUAUUAGAGAUUGACGACCAGCGCUCACUGACAGUCUGUACCGCUGUAAUCCUACUUCACGCCCUCUCUCCUGCCGAGUUGCCCUUAGCUACCCCGACAUGCGCUCGCUGAUUUGUCUAGGUGUGUCGUUGUGUGUUUUCUGAGGUCGCCGACUCGUGUCACUGUAUGCAAACAUGUUGUUUGUUUGAAUGUCUUCAUUUGUUUUAUGGUUAAUUUAUAAUCCACUUGUAUUUGUUUUUGUUUUUUUGUUUUCUAGCUAAAGAAAACAUAUUUAUUUUUCAGUGUAUCACAUCAUAUCACCUUGGAGAAUGAUUAGUAUUAAGAUAAUGAAAUCCUGAGAUUUUUUUGUACCAAGAAAAUGUUGAAAUGUCUUCUCCUUCCUAUCUUGUUUUUGUGUUUUUACUCGGACUAUAACCCAACUCAAUAGGAUUAUGACUGAUUACAAUGGCAGCCAUUUUAGCUAAUGACUACAAUUCCCAGAUCAUGACCAAAAGGGCUGCCAUUCAAACACAGGCAAACACAAAAAAUAUGGAUGACAAGUAAAUUUAGGGGGCAAUGAGAGGCCUUUUUCAUCCCUCCUCGUAUUUGAACUGUCCAAUACUUAACCAGGGGCUGGUUAGCUCCUGUGUAUCUAUAUACGAGAGAUGAAGUUAUAUGGAAACACAAAUGAAAUUAAAAAACAUCCUAAGGUGAUUUUUAUUUAUUUAUUGUCUCUUAGAGGGUUUACUCUGGGUUCAGGAGACUAAGCACCUAUCAAAGCUGUGGUAUUCUCAGUGUGAUGGACAGAGUAACUGGAGGGUGGGUAGGAAAAGUAAAUUGUGUAAAAGAAAAAAACUAAGAUUAUAAAACCUUUUUUGUUCUCGUUUUGUAUUAAAAUAUGCUUGCAGUAAAAAAAAAAA